AGACUGGCUGCAUUUGAAAUAUCGAGUUUCCUUUGAAUCUCGAUGCUUUGAAAACCCUCACAAUCUUCUCUCCAAUUUUGACACACUCCUUGAGAUAUUAGAAUAAAAUAGAUCUCUUGUCUCUCGUAAGCCCGCCAUGUCAUUAAAGAACGACGCUUUCCCCUCGUCUGCAGCUUUUGACCUGAUCAAAAGCUCGCUGAGUUCAAACGAUGCGGAGCGAAAGGAUGCCAUCAAAAAGGGAAACGCUGUCUUUACCUUUACGUUAAAGAAUAAAUCGGGCGCCGAAGACAGCUGGUAUAUCGACUUGAAGCAGAGCGGAGCAGUCGGAAAGGGUCUGGCACCUGACGGGAAGAAGACUGAUGUGACCCUCUCGUUAUCCGAAGAAGAUUUUGGUAAACUUGUGGCCGGCAAGGUCAAUGCCCAGAAACUCUUCAUGUCAGGCAAAUUGAAGGUCAAGGGGGACGUCAUGAAAGCGACUAAAAUGGAGCCCGUGCUGAAGAGCGCACAGGCAAAGGCGAAGCUCUAGUUGAUUUGUUUGGGACCAAUAAAUUCAGAGUUGGAUAUC